AUGCCUUCUCUCGCGGUAGGUCAAAUCAAAUUGAAAUCGGAAAAUUCUCAAAUCAUUCUUCAGAAAACAUUUUUCGGUUGGAUAGCAGCCGGAGGAUUGAUAACACCGUCUAAGGUCGUUUCUUGUAACGUGGUGAGGUUAGAUCAGUUACUCGAAAGAUUCAUGGCUAUGGAAGACCUCGACUAUCAGCCAGUCAAGGCUGACGAGGAUAUAGCGUGUGAAAGGUAUUACGUUGAGACGACUACUCGUGAUAGUUCAGGGCGUUAUACAGUUAGGCUACCAUUUAGAGCCGAGAAAUUUGAAUUAGGUUCUUCUAAACAAAGAGCCUUAAAGCGACUCAAAGCAUUAGAACGCAAGUUUGAAACUAAUCCAGAUUUCCGAGCUCAAUAUGAGAAAGAAAUUAAUAGUUAUUUGGAAUUAGGUCACAUGACGUUGUGUGAUGACGAUUCCGAUGACGGCUAUUUUAUGCCUCAUCAUGCUGUAAUCAAAGAAUCCAGUGACACGACGAAAUGCAGGGUUGUGUUCGACGCAUCUGCGGACUCUGAGAAUGGCACUUCACUCAACAAGAUCUUGUUGACUGGGCCUACCAUGCAGGCGACCAUUCCUCAACAAAGCUUGCGUUUCCGUGAUCAUCCUUUCGUUAUAACUACGGACAUAGAGAAAAUGUAUCGGCAGAUAUGGAUUCAUCCAGAUGAUAGGAAAUGCCAAAAAAUCUUGUGGUACCACGCAGCAAUUCGAACGCUACAUCAGUUGGCAUCCGACGAAGAGGUCGAUUUCCCAAGAGCAGCUAAGCUGCUUCGUAAAGACUUCUACGUCGACGAUUUCAUCUCAGGCGCGGAUUCUUUGGAAGAAAUUCAAGCAAUCCGCGACGAGAUGAUAUAA